CUCUGUUAUGUUUUUUCCAGUGUUUGUGACUAGAUAACACGUUACUAUAUAUUAUAAUAUUUAAAAAGUUGUGUUUUAUUAAAUAUUUUAAUUUUAAUCAACAAAUAUGGAGUUGCCUUAUAAUAAGGCGGCGCUAUUUAGUUUUUUCCUUUUUAUAUUCAAAGUUAAUCCUAUGUCGAUAAACGGACCGGCGUUAACACGAUACGAUCCAUGCGGUUUAGGUGUUGUACAUUUCGAUAAAAUAUUGGAUUCUUCCCAAAAUGUUUGGCGUGGUGUUAUUAAUUUUCAUCUGUACCAAUUAAGCCAAGUGGAAAUUGAAAUAAGUUUUGAGAAGAAAGUUAAAUUAUUAUAUGAGCCUUUACUAAAUAUAGAUAUAAGUGUUAUAAACGACUGGCAUGGUUUUAUACUUAAAUCUAAAGGAUUGAUCCUGAAAUCUUAUUCAUUUGUUGUAAUUAUUGACGAUUUGGAAUCAAACGAAAACGAUGUACCUACUGUUACUCAAUUUACAAUGAAUAAUGUGACAGUUUGUGACGAUGCUGUCAAGGCAUCACAAACUAUUGAAUCUUUGAACGUAACGAAAACCCCGGACAAAUAUGCGCAUAUUUGCGGAAGACGGUCGUUAGAUCAUACUGAACUGGUGUCUGUAAGAACCGAAGCCAAGGCCGGCGAUUGGCCGUGGCACGUCGCCAUUUUCCUAAGGAACCCUAAUGCGAUUGGCGAAGAAUAUUAUUGCGGUGGCAAUAUCAUAUCAAGGACUGCUAUUGUAACAGCCGGCCAUUGUGUCAGAAAAGCCGGUGUGACUGUGGACGCGAGUAGAAUUGUAAUAGUGGCCGGUGUAAGUAACCGUAGAGACAUCAAGCAGGUUGGCAGACAAAUUGUUACGGCACAGAAAGUAAUUUUGCAUCCCGGUUACACGGAUACGUUAGCAACGGCUGAUUUGGCAGUUAUCAAAGUAAAUAAAUUCAGAUACACUGAAUACGUACAACCGAUAUGUGUGUGGGGACCAGUUUAUAAUAAGGAUAUGCUUUUUGGAAAAGAGGCUGCGAUAGUCGGAUUUGGACAAACAGAAGACAAUAAGCCAUCUGACGUUCUGCGCUCCACCUAUACCUUAAUACAGAAUGAUACAACGUGCGUAUCGUUUGCACCGAACGUUUACGAAAGGCUCCUAAAUGAAUUUACUUUUUGCGCUGGAUAUGGUUAUAACUCCACUGUGAAUCCACGAAACGGAGACAGCGGAGGUGGCUUGGUGAUUCCAGUUCUUCAACCAGAUCACAAAGUCAGCUGGUUUUUGCGUGGUGUUCUCUCAAAAUGUGGAGUGUCUCCAGGACAUACCGAUUGUGACCCCCAUUACUACAUGGUGUAUACAGAUGUGGGGCCCCAUUAUGGAUGGAUUUACCAUCACUCUGACUUAAAAUUUCAAAGUAAUAUUGUUUUUACGCAAUAGUUUAGUAUAAAGUUGAAUAUAUUGUGAUAUUAAUUUUAAGUUUAUUAAUUAUAGUAACAGUUAUAAGUCAAACAA